CAUAGUAUUAAUAUUAAUAAUUCUGAAUCAGAAAAUUCUAAUAAUACUGGCACUUUUUCUUAUGAUGAAGCAAUUGAAAAUAAUAAUACUACAAGUAUUAUAAAGAGACUUCAAGUAGCAACAAAAAAACAAUGUUAUAACAAUAAUAAUACUGAAUUAGAAAACUAUGAUAAUAAUGAUAAUUUUUCUAAUAAUAAUGAAUUAAUUGAGAAUAAUAAUGCUAUAAACAUA